AUGUAUAGACCUUUAUUACGAAAUGCUACCAGACAAUUGGCAAACAGGAGACCGAUAGCUCUUGCAACGAGAGGCUUCGCUGCCCAUGCUACCCCGCAACCAUUUGAUUGGAAAGAUCCUCUGCGAGCACAAAAUCUCUUUACGGAAGAAGAAAUAGCUAUUUCGGAAGCUGCUGAGCAAUAUUGCCAGGAACGAAUGUUACCUCGAGUUUUGCAGGCAUAUCGAGACGAACAUUAUGAUCGAAAAAUACUUGAGGAAAUGGGAGAAUUAGGAUUGCUAGGAGCUACAAUUAAUGGUUAUGAUUGUGCUGGUGUAUCAAAUGUUGCUUCUGGACUUAUUACAAAAGCGGUUGAACGAGUCGACAGUGGAUAUCGAUCCGGAAUGUCGGUACAGUCUUCGUUAGUGAUGGGCGGCAUUGAUGAAUUCGGCACACAAGAACAAAAGGAGAAAUAUUUGCCAAAACUGGCAAAGGGAAAACUGUUAGGUUGCUUUGGUUUAACAGAGCCAAAUCAUGGUAGUGAUCCUGGAUCCAUGGAGACAACUGCGAAACCACAUCCUACAAAGAAAGGAUAUUAUUCAAUAUCAGGAGCUAAGACAUGGAUCACAAAUUCUCCAAUCGCAGAUGUAUUCUUGGUAUGGGCCAAGUUACAGGAGACUGGAAAGAUUAAAGGUUUUAUAAUCGAUCGAGCGGACUGUCCACCGGGAACUUUGGAAACGCCUGCUUUGAAGAAUAAAAAUGGACUUCGAGCUUCUUUGACUGGGAUGAUUCAACUCGAUGAAUGUCCAGUACCUGAGGCAAAUAUGUUUCAAACAGUUGAGGGUCUUCGAGGCCCAUUUACUUGUUUGAAUAGUGCAAGAUAUGGUAUUGCUUGGGGAAUGACAGGUGCACUCGAGGAUUGUAUCGAUAGAGCUAGAACAUAUGCUCUUGAGAGAAAACAAUUCAAGGGUAAUCCACUAGCCAAAUAUCAACUCGUCCAGAAGAAGCUGGCAGAUGCCGUCUCAGAUGCUGCUUUUGGAACCCUCGCUUGUGUUCAGGUAGGAAGACUCAAGGAUAAGGGAGAAGCAGCGCCAGAGAUGAUUAGUAUGAUUAAGAGACAGAAUUGCGAUGCUGCACUUCGAAAUGCGAGAACAUUACAGGAAAUCUUUGGUGGUAAUGCUGCGAGUGAUGAGUAUGGUAUUGGAAGACAUGUUUCGAAUUUGUUUGUUACACAAACAUAUGAAGGACAAAGUGAUAUUCAUUGUUUGAUUCUUGGAAGAGCCAUCACUGGUAUUCAAGCAUUUUGUUAA